AUCCACGAGUAAUUUAGUCUUUGUUGAUCAUCCAGCAACGUCGUCUGCACAAACAAGUUCCUCUGUCUCUUUUGUAUUUAUCAAAUCACUAUACCACCAGGUCAUGUUGCUUGCGAUUUGGUCGGCGGUCAUAUUGGCUGCCGUGGCGCUCUACUUCCGUCAGGUGUACACCAGGUUUAGCAGAUAUGGAGUCAAGCAUUUCAAGCCGAUACCAAUUCUUGGUAACAUGGCUCGCAUUUUAUUACGCAUGAGCCAUUUCUCUGAUGAUACGCAAAUACUUUAUAAUGCUUAUCCUGAAGAGAGGUUUGUAGGAAGAUUUGAAUUUCUGAAUCCUAUGGUGAUGAUCAGGGACAUAGAACUUAUAAAGAAGAUAACGGUGAAGGAUUUCGAACACUUUCUAGAUCAUCGUUCUUUUGUUAACGAGAAUGUUGAUCCUUUCUUUGGACGAAAUCUGUUCUCAUUGAAAGGCGAUGAAUGGAAAGAUAUGCGAUCGACACUAAGCCCUGCAUUCACGAGCUCUAAGAUGCGUUCUAUGGUUCCAUUUAUGGUGGAAGUUGGGGAGCAAAUGAUAAAGUCACUUAAGAAAGAGAUUCAGAAUUCUUCAGGUGAAUAUAUUGACGUGGAGGGUAAGGAUCUGACGACGAGAUAUGCAAACGAUGUCAUCGCUUCCUGUGCUUUUGGACUGAAAGUAGACUCACAUAGCGAUAAAAGCAACAUAUUCUAUAAGAUGGGCAAAAUUGCUGCAACCUUCAAUUUCAAGCAGUUGCUAAAAGUUUUCGCGAUGACUUCUUUUCCUACUGUAACUAAGAUCCUGCGUUUCUCUCUGUUCGAAAAAUCAGAGAAAGAUUUUUUCUGGAACUUGGUGAUGAAUACAAUGAACGAACGUGAAGCUAAGCAAAUUGUCAGACCUGACAUGAUUCAUCUUCUGAUGGAGGCUAAGAAGGGUCGAUUAACUCAUGAAGACAAAAGUGCUAUCGACACCAAUGCUGGAUUCGCAACUGUCGAAGAAUCUUCUGUGGGAAAGAAGAACAUAGAUCGUGUGUGGACUGACAGCGAUAUAGUGGCUCAGGCAGUGUUGUUCUUUAUUGCCGGUUUUGAAACCAUUUCUUCUGCUAUGUCGUUCGCGCUUCACGAAAUAGCUAUGCACCCUGAAGUCCAGCAACGUCUGUACGAAGAGAUCAAGGAAGACAACGAAAAGAACCGUGGAUCUUUAAAUUACAAUUCCAUACAGAAUCUGAACUAUUUGGACAUGGUUGUGUCAGAGGUGCUUCGAAUGUGGUCUCCAGCUGUUGCACUGGAUAGACUUUGUACUAAAGAUUAUAACUUAGAAAAACCAAACAAACAAGCCACGCAAGAUUAUAUAGUUCGUAAAGGCGAAUCGGUUAUGAUUCCCGUGUGGGCGAUUCACCACGAUCCCAAAUACUACCCAGACCCGGAGAAAUUCGAUCCGGAGCGAUUCUCCGAAGAGAACAAACACCUCAUCAGACCAUUUACUUAUGUUCCAUUUGGUCUUGGCCCUAGGAAUUGUAUAGGUGAGUGGUUUUUUUUUUCCUACUUUUUGAGGCUCUUAACUUUAGAGAUAUGCUGCGCCCAUUGUGCCCUAUCUAAGAGGCUUACAUCUGAGGAUUUGUGACUCAAAGCUCAUGAAAUAUCCUAGCGAAAACUGGUGAAGGCUUCGACAGUAUAGUCUGAGCCAUGCCAUGGGCAUCCCCUUGGCAGUCCCUUCAGCGGUGCCAAGUUGACUGUCGGUAUAUCGAAGUGUUGAAGUGCUUGUACAGUAGGGCUACGAUGGCUAUCCGAGUACAGAACCAGAGUACGAAACCUAUCCAAUUGCAGAGAGGUGUAAGACAGGGUGACGUCAUAUCCCCGAAACUCUUCACCGCUGCAUUGGAAGACGUUUUCAAGCUUCUGGACUGGAAAGGAUACGGUAUCAACAUCAAUGGCGAGUACAUCACUCACCUUCGAUUUGCCGACGAUAUAGUCCUUAUGGCAGAAUCGCUGGAGGACCUAAGCACUAUGCUCAAUGACCUCGAUAGUGUUUCCCAACGGAUAGGUCUUAAGAUGAACAUGGACAAAACAAAGAUCAUGUUCAAUGUCCAUGUCACACCUAUGCCGGUAGUUGUUGGGAGCACUAAGCUUGAAGUUGUUGACGAGUAUGUUUACCUGGGACAAAUAGUCCGACUAGGUAAGUCCAACUUCGACCGAGAGGUCAAUCGACGGAUUCAACUCGGCUGGGCAGCGUUCGGGAAGCUACGACACAUCUUCUCGUCAGAUAUACCUCAAAACCUGAAAACGAAAUUGUACAACCAGUGCGUGUUGCCAGUGAUGACUUAUGGAACUGAGACGUGGUCCUUCACUGCUGGCCGUAUGAGGAAGCUCAAGGUCGCUCAGCGAGCUAUGGAGAGGGCUAUGCUCGGAGUUUCUCUGCGUGAUAAACUUAGGAAUGAGGAUAUCCGCAGUAGAACCAGAGUAACCGACAUAGCCCAACGGAUUAGUAAGCUGAAGUGGCAGUGGGCCGGCCAUAUAGCUCGAAGAACCGACAACCGAUGGGGAAGAAAGGUUCUCGAGUGGCAGCCUCGUACCGGUAGGCGAAGUGUAGGGCGUCCCCCCACGAGAUGGAGUGACGACCUGGUAAAACAUGCAGGAAGUCGAUGGAUGCAGGUGGAUCAGGACCGUGCUUUGUGGCAUUCUUUGGGGGAGGCCUAUGUUCAGCAGUGGACUUGUGAAGGGCUGUAAUGAUGAUGAUGAAUUUAUCGAGGAAGAUAACCAUGAUUUCUAGUACUUGCCACGCCAUGGGUCCUGUGGUCAAAUACCAACCUAAGCCGACAUCUAUGCUGACAACUUCUGUUUUUCUUCUAUGACGGUAGUGGAUUUGUCUCAAUCGGUACGAAAGACAGGCAAAUUAACGAGUAUAGUAUCAGACGUAAAGUAACGUUGACUCUACUGCCCGGUUGUUGCUAUAUUGCAGAACUACUGGUUCAACUCGACCGGAUAAUGUUGUUGGGCUUCUUAUGGCGAUUGUAGAGAAAUGGAGAUCCUUUUUAUUGGAAAUGAGGCAUUCCAUCUUAGUCCUCAGGGGUGACAGCGCAUCUGAAUUUUUUUAUUUUUAAUCGAGGAGGAGAAAUGUAGAUGACUGUGGGCCACAGCAUCGUCUUACUAUCAUGUGGACUGUGUGCUCGUUUAUCACCCUUAUUCCAUAAAAAAGCGUAUUUAUCUAAUACUCCUCAUGCUGAAUAUUAAAUACUAGUUUGAUAGAAGUGUAUUGUUUUUAAUAGGUUCAAGAUUUGCGUUAUGCGAGGUGAAGAUAUUGCUGUACCAGCUUCUCCUACACAUGGAGUUGUCUCCUUGCAAGAAGACCUGCAUACCAGUGAAACUCUCCAACGAUACUUUCAACCUUAUCAUACAAGGCGGUCACUGGUUUAAAAUGCGAUGUAGAACACAAUAGAAUAGAUAAGAGUUAGAUUUGUUUAUAUAGAGAACACUAAAAACUUGAAAUAUUAACUUAAACAUAAUAAUGCGAUGGAACUUAUUAUCCGGAUUUUAUAAUGGGUUCUAAAAUACACGAUAAUCUCUAUAAAAUAACUUAAAAUAUUUUUAUUAAGCCAUAUAGUAUGCAACCAAUGACGUGGCAAAUGAAAUGGUCAGUAACUAAACACCUAGUUGCAUUGAACACUCUUUUGAAUUAUAUAUAGAAAUUUAUGUAAUUUUACGUAUUAAAACAAGUGUCUGUUGGAAAUAUCGAAAUAAUUUUUCAUUAAUUUAUCGAUCACUUAAAAAAAAUUCCAAGUUUUCAGAUAAAAAAUACACAGCAUAAAUCGCUGCUGGAAUUGUUUUAUAUCUGUUUGUAAAGUUUUAUCACAAGUUUUGUUUUCAAAGCGUGUAAAUAACCCCUGUGCUGUAUUGCAGUUAUUUAAGUAUUACAGAUCGACAACUCAAUUUUAUUUAUAUGUAUAAAUUUCACAGCACGUUAACAAUCUGAAUUCAAUCCCCACCAGAGCCUUUACAUAAAAUGAUGUAUAUUUUGAACUUUGAAGUUAAAUGCUUACUUUUUACACAACAGUUAUAGUAAGAAUAUUGUAUUUUGUAAAUAUACUGGUUUUAAUAAAGAUGU